GUGAUCUGGCCAAUGCCAUCAAAACCACCAGAGCAGACAAAGACGCAUGGGUGACCUUCUACCCCACACGAGAUCAACAGACCAAGUGUAAAAGCUGUGGAGAAAAUGGGCUGAAUGGUGACCUGCUCAUAACAUAUGAUGUUGAGAGACAAAAUCAUAAAGGAGAAGUCAUGGUAUCAAAUGGCUAUUUCGUCCACUACUUUGCGCCCUCUGAUCUUCCACGUAUUCCCAAAAAUGUGGUGUUUAUCAUUGAUCAGAGUAGUUCUAUGUAUGACAGAAAAAUAGAACAGACUCGUUUGGCACUGCUAAGGAUUUUAAGUGAUCUUGGUGAGGAUGACCACUUUGGAUUGAUCACCUUUGACAGUGAAGUUAACUUCUGGAAGCGUGAGCUCCUCAAAGCUACUGAGGAAAAUCUGAAGAAUGCAAAAUCUUUCGUGAAGGAGAUCAGAGAUAGAGGAGCCACUGACAUAAACGCUGCAGUUCUAGCAGGAGUGGACAUGAUCAAGCAACAUCCACGAGAGGGAACAGCCUCCAUCCUGAUCCUGCUGACUGAUGGAGAUCCCACUACAGGUGAAACCAACAAAGAGAAGAUAAUGGCUAAUGUGAAAGAGGCCACUGGGACUAAAUUUCCCCUCUAUUGUCUUGGUUUUGGAUAUGAUGUUAACUUUGACUUCCUAACAAAGAUGUCACUGGAAAAUAGUGGAGUUGCUCGCAGGAUUUAUGAAGAUUCAGACGCUGAUCUACAGCUGCAGGGUUUCUAUGAAGAAGUUGCCGUCCCUCUCCUCACUGAUAUUCAACUUAAAUACCCAGGAGGGACAAACCUUACCAAGACCAGCUUUAGCUUGUACUUCAAUGGCUCUGAGAUUGUGGUGUCAGGACAAAUAACAGACAACAGUGUGGAGAGUUUCACCACUGAAGUCAUCGCAGUAUCAAAAGGAAACAAUGUGAUGUAUCAGGACACUAUAAUGACAACAGACCCCAGUGAUGUUCCACCUGAGAAUGAAGAUUUUAUGCAGAGGUUGUGGGCCUACCUUACAGUGAAGCAGCUUCUGGAGAGACAGGUACUUCUUAAAGGACAAGAGAAAGAGGAUGAAAAGAAAGAAGCUCUUAAACUCUCCCUGAAAUACCAGUUUGUCACUCCCCUCACCUCUAUGGUUGUUACUAAACCACAAGAAGGUGACGUGGAAGUUGCUGACAAACCCAAAGAGGGAGAAGCGCCACCCAGACCUCCAGCACCAGGAUUUAGUCAGCAACACCAUAGUCUGGGUCUGCACGAUGCAGCUGUCGAUCAUCUAAGUUUGGGUGGUGGAUAUCGCCGUCUUAGUAAAACUGCUUCAUUCAGACAAAUUCCAAGUUACGUCAGGAGUAACAUCACUUGGCAGGUCCCAACAAUGACUAUUCCAGAGUUGCAAAAGGGGGAAACCGAUACCUUGGGCUUAGAUCUAAGGCCCAGACAUCCAGAUACUGUACUUGUUCCUGUUACUAUGUCAGCUCCAACAGUUCAUAGCAAUCGUUUCCUGCUGCCUGUUGUUGGUCAGUCUAAGCCACUCUGUUUUGAUGUUCCUGUUCCUCACAAACUCAGACUCCUACAGGAUUCAGCUUCAGAGUUCUCUAUGAAUGGAGAAUCCCUGACUGGACAAAAUGGAUUCCAUCAAAUUGCCUUACAUUACAAAACAAACCAUCAUCUGACUAUAAACACAACGUCUAUCAGAUACCACGAUGGCCAGAAUCAAGUUGAGUUCUUAUGGGGCCAGGAACCGACCCAACACAAUACUGAAGGCGUGUCUCUGAUUCUACGGAGCAAUGAAAUAGACGUCACCAUGGGAAAAAUUCACAUCGUUAUUCUUCUCCAUAAGGAAAAAAGGGACAUGUGUCUGUGUCCUGCUGUUCAGACCAGGCCAAAAGAUGUCAAUUUGACAGGCAUUUUAGGAGAGCCUGAUAUUUCAUAUGAUGAGAUCCAAGGAACACAAACACCAACUUUAAAGUUAAAGGACCAGGAAGUGAAGACAUCUCGGGUGAUGGUGAAGGACUACAGACUUGCUUCUGCUCCUUUGGUUGGAUGUUGGCUUGUUCCAUUCCAGGCUGUCACACAGCGGGAGCUUUCUGACCUCACCGUCACUCAGCUGUAGAGUUCAGCAAAAUAUUUUUUAUUGUCCUUUAUCUUGCAGGCUUUUCCAAUAAAAUAACAUAUUCUUUAACUGAAAAUGGCUGAUCGGCUAUAAAACUUUAAUCUGUUGGCAAAUUGUAGGGGUAUGACCAAGUUAUUUUCAGUCUUUAUACCACAUUUUAGCAUGUUUUGAUAGCCAUGUACAAUAAGUUCACAUCAACAGUCCACUCUAAUAUUGAUUUAAAGUGAUUUCCAUCAUUCUUCUUUAAGGUGCAAGAUCUACUCAGUAGUUGUUGUGCUGUGCUUUUGAAUGUGUUUGGAUUUUUUUUUUUUUUCAGCUUUAGCUGACACACCAUGUGAUUAAAUAUCAAGUAAAAUUGCACACCAAAAUGUUAUGUAUUCAUAGUAACCCUUCGAUUGGUGCCUCUCUGUAAGUUAUUGUGAUUAUUGUGAGAAAAUGUUUUUUGUUGUGGUCUUGUCUGAUAAUAUAAUAAAAGCACAACACCAAA